GUAAGAUGUUUCCCAGAUGAAUGAACUCUAACCCCUGACCCCUGACCCCCCUGACUUGUGUGUGAUUUUCAGUGGAUCAUCUCAGAGCUAGCUUGCUACACCUACUCCAUGGUGGUGGUUCCCCUCUAUGACACACUGGGCCCAGACGCCAUACGGUUCAUCAUCAACACCGCCGACAUCUCCACGGUCAUCUGUGACAAAGUGGACAAAGCUCAGGUGCUUCUGGAUAACGUGGAGCGGAAGGAGACGACCGGCCUGCGAAGAAUCAUCCUGAUGGACGACUUUGACUCCGACCUCGUUGUGCGCGGCAAGAGCUGCGGCAUCCACGUGCAGGCCAUGCAGGAAGUCGAGGCUCUGGGCAGAGAGCACCACAGAAGACCGACACCACCAGCACCAGACGACUUAUCCAUUGUGUGUUUCACCAGUGGAACCACAGGGAACCCAAAGGGAGUCAUGCUGACCCAUGGGAACGUGGUGGCAGAUUUCUCAGGCUUCCUCAAAGUAACAGAUAAAGUCAUUUUCCCCAACAAAGACGAUUGCCUAAUUUCCUUUCUGCCGCUGGCUCACAUGUUCGAGAGGCUCAUCGAGUCGGUGGUGUACUGCCACGGGGGACGGAUCGGGUUCUAUCAGGGCGACAUCCGUCUCCUCCCAGACGACAUGAAGACCCUGCGGCCGACCAUUUUCCCCGUGGUGCCUCGACUGCUCAACCGCAUGUACGACAAGAUCUUCAGCCAGGCCAACAGCCCGUUGAAGCGCUGGCUGCUCAACUUCGCUGCUAAGAGAAAAGGUGCUGAGGUCAGCAGCGGGAUCAUUCGCAGCGACAGCAUCUGGGACAAAGUCUUCUUCAGUAAGAUUCAGGCCAGCCUCGGAGGACGACUGAGGAUGAUUAUAACAGGAGCGGCUCCUACCUCGCCCAGUGUCCUGGGAUUUCUCAGAGCAGCUCUGGGAUGCCAGGUGUACGAGGCAUACGGCCAGACAGAGUGCACAGCUGGCUGCACUUAUACCACACCUGGAGACUGGACCUCAGGUCACGUCGGGGCCCCGCUGCCAUGUAACCUCAUCAAACUGGUGGAUGUUCCUGAGAAGAACUACUUUGCCUCUAAGGGAGAGGGAGAGGUCUGUGUGAAGGGACCAAACGUGUUUAAGGGCUACCUCAAAGACCCGGAGAGGACGGCCGAGACGCUGGACUCAGACGGCUGGCUUCACAGCGGAGACAUCGGCAAAUGGUUGCCCAAUGGCACGCUGAAGAUCAUCGACAGGAAGAAGCACAUCUUCAAGUUGGCGCAGGGCGAGUACAUCUCCCCCGAGAAGAUCGAGAACAUCUACAUCAGGAGCGAACCUGUGACCCAGCUCUACAUCCACGGAGAUAGCCUGCAGUCCUGUUUGGUGGGUAUUGUGGUUCCCGACCCCGAAGUCAUGCCUGAGUGGGCCAAGAAAAAAGGCAUAUUCGGCACCUACAAGGACCUCUGUAAAAACACGGAAUUGAAGAAGGCCAUCCUUGAAGAUUUGGUGCGUCUGGGCAAAGCCAGCGGCCUCCACUCGUUUGAGCAGGUGAAGAACAUCUACAUCCACAGCGAUAUGUUCUCCAUUGUGAACGGCCUCCUGACUCCGACGCUAAAGGCCAAGAGGCCCGAGCUGAAGGAGUACUUCAAGGAGAAGAUCGACCGGCUCUACGACAGCAUCUCCAUGUGAAGGCCGGCCGAACCUCAUUUUCCUCCGAGCAUCUUAAAGCUAAGAUCUGCUUUUGACCAUUGACCUGCAGUGGGACAAAGAUGUGACACCUUAGGCUUAACGUGCUUUUGGAAAAGCAAGCCAAACCUUGGCCCCCGCUAUGGACGAUUUAAAAUGCCCAGAUAAAAACAAAUCAAAGAAAUAAAAUGGAAUACGAUACACAUUCUAAAGUGUAUUUUGUUUUUUAUGUAUGCAUUCACUGUGAGAAAGCAUAUGUUAAAAAAGAAAAUGAGUCACCCUGUUUAGCUGGAUUGUUUUUCAUUGUGACAUGACUUUUCCAUGCUGCAUAAAGAACAAAUCAAUAAACAGACGUGGUGCGUUUCAGUGUUGUCCAGUGGUUAGAGCUGCCAACACUAAAAACAAAGCAUUAUGUAUUUCACUUUAUCUCUUAGUUUGAUUUGUUCAAUUUAAAGCUACUGUGAGGAACUUUUAUCUGGUAAUGAAACAGUCUCAGUUUAGUUCUGAUCCUCCAUAUAACCACCAUAAAUAGUGGACCGACCCAGAUCCAAUUCUCUGCAGCCUUGGACCUGCAGUCAGAGCUCUGGAGGGAGGAAGAGAACUCAGCUCCCGGCAGCAGCAGCAUCUCCUC